CAUCAUGCAUUGCGCAAUAAUUACGUGUGGGAGGACAGUGCAUAAAAUGGCUGCAUUCAAGUCAUGCACAGCAUUCUUUCUCCUGUCCUCCACAUACUUUGCUUAGGGGAGAACGAUGGCUACGCAUCACCAAAGCGAGCAAGGAGACGAGAUGUACUGGCCUACUACACCGAGGUCUAAGGACGCCGAGCUCUACAAAGACUACAAGAAACUGCUGGCAGGGAUCGCUGAGGAGAUGCAAAAAGCAGACGUUAUAGCUCUCGCAUAUAUGUUUGAUUUGCCUAAGUGGUACAGCGAAGUGGGGGCCACCAAGGAGACAAGCUAUGCUGCUCGAGUCCUUAGCUUCAUAGAAGGACGAAACAUUAUAUCCCCGGACUCUCUUGGACCACUUGCCACUUCACUGGAAGAGAUAGGAAGAAUGGACUUGAAGAGGAAAAUAGAUGCAUUUGAAAAUAGACACAGGAAUAGAGUCAUGAAGAAACCUACAGAAGAGACCUGUGCUAAUAUUUCAGAUAAAAUUGAUGAGGAAGAAGAAGACUACGAGCAGUUUGGGCGUGUUGAUGCAAGAAGGAGCUACAACCAAAGACGCCGUAACGUUGUACGAUCCUCCAGCGACCGAUAUCCAUCAAGCAUGUGGCUAUCAGCACCAUACAAGACGACCAGCAUUACCGGUACUAUUCCUGUCACCCAGCAGUACACUACUGGGGGGUCUUACAUGCCUAAUAGACCAAUCAUACACUCACCUCCUUCCUUUUCUUCACCUCCUCCACAAUCUGAUUUAGAUUCCAUGGAGGUCCACGUUUCCAUGGAAUCAGAUAUGCAUCAGGUUAAUGAUCCAAGGCAAAAGUACAUCCAACCUCAAAGUGCUUCUCGAAAAAAUGAGCACAGGAUUUGGGGCUCGAUGCCACCAAAAGAUCGUGACAACAGGUCGGAGAGGACCUUGUUUAAAUUGGAACAGUUUGACAGCGUCCCACAGCCCAGUCCUAGCCAACAUCUUGAUCCAGACGCAAGGAGCAUUCACUUAUCCAUCCGUACAACAACAAUGACUGCCAAAGCAUUGAAAAAGCAAAUAGAGUUUCUGAGGGAGAGGCUAGGUGGAAGCUAUCCAUACUUGGACAAGCAGCUCCAGCAAGCAGACAACUGCACCAAAGAAACCUUAGAUGUACUGAAGCUCCUAGCCAGGGAAACAAGAAACCAAUCAAGAGAGGAGGAGGAGGAAGAGGACGUCCUCUUAUACAAGGGUACCACCCACCAAAGAAACCCAGCCCAGCGUCAUAAGAGGUACUACUCUGAAGGCUUUCAUGAGGGAGCCCCGCCCGUUGCUUUCCAGAGAUGCAACACACAGCCAGAGGGCACUGGGUACAAGAUUUCACUGUCCAUUGAUGAGUCUGACUUGGAUGAUGAAAUACAAUCCCCGACAGGUGUGUCGGAUGAAUUACCAGAGGAUAUUGUAUCAGUAGAGGCUGUUAUCUCUCCCGAGUUUGUCUCUUCAAAAUCAAGGAAGGUCUCAGCUCCUGUACGAUCCCCUCCACCUCCUCUGGUCACUAGCUCUGCCAGGCUAAGUGUCAAAGCUGAGUCUAUUGGUAACAUUAAUAAAACUGAUGGAGCUUCUACUCAUUCUGGAAGGGCUAAAGGGAAGCAGAAGAUAAGUGUCCAGCCAUCAAAGUCCAUGAGUUCACUUGACGAGGCUUCACCUGCCAAGCAGAGCACUGGAAAGAAAAAGAUGUGGCCUCUGAAAAUAUUUAGAAGUCAAAAGAACCUUUAGAUUCAAGACAAUGAAGGCGAAGUAGCCAAUGUGGUACAAGUAAUAUAAACAAUGUUAAUAGACUUUAUUUAGUGAUUUUUUGGAACAAUUGUACAAUAUCAUGGACACAAUUGAUUGUGGAAUAAUUGAGUUGAUCAUUAAGAAAAUAAUUAUAAAAACAA